GUACUUAGAUAUUCAAACAUUUGACAAUAAAAAGGAAAAAAAAAGGAAUAAAACCAACUACCCUUAAUCCCCAUCAUCCUUUCUUGAAGAGUUUCCAUGUCCUAAAGGCUAAAAUCCCACAACCCCAUAAGCAAUUCUUGAAAUUUUUUUGCUCAAUUUUUGUCACUAUGACAUGUUUUUUUAGUACUAAUAGACCCAUCAUCUAUUUUUGAGGUGUUUCAAUACCCUAAAUAGUUAAAUCCCACAACCCCACAAGCAAUUCUUGAAAAAAAAAAUCUCAUUUUUUGUCACCAUGACAUGUUUUUUUAGUACUCAUAGAAGCAUAGUGUUUUAAUUUCUUCAACCCCAUCGUCCAUUCUUGAGGAGUUUCAAUCCCACAACCCCACAAGCAAUUCUUGGGGAAAAAAACCUCAUUUUUUGUCACCAUGACAUGUUUUUUUUAGUACUCAUAGAAGCAUAGUGUUUUAAUUUCUUCAACCCCAUCGUCCAUUCUUGAGGAGUUUCAAUCCCACAACCCCACAAGCAAUUCUUGAAUUUUUUUUGCUCAAUUUUUGUCACCAUGACAUGUUUUUAGUACUAAUAGAAGCUUACUACCCUUUAGCCCCCAUCAUAUUCUUGAGGAAUUUCAAUAGCCUAAAUCCAAUUUUUAGAUUAUUAUUUUUUUUCUCACAAAUUUUUGGUCCCCAUGACAUGUUUUUAGUAAUAGAAUCAUAUUAUAUUGUUCUAAUUUUUGUUUGAUCCUUAAGUACAUAUAUAUUGAUCCUCGUUCUGAAUCCACCGACUCUAAAUCCUGAAUUCACGUAUCAAUAAUUGACAUGCCAUUUAUAAGGAAAGCAUUGUCAUUGUUGUCAAGUUCCUCUGCCUCUACUUCACCUUCUCAUGAGUCUCAUAAAACUUAUGGAGGUGGAGGAGGAAGGCGGCUUACACGCCUACGUAAAUUGAGACAUGUUGGUGAUGAUGAGAUUGAUUUGCAGCAGCCAAAUAAUUUUGGCUCUCAAUCUAUGCCAGUUUCUCCUAAUUCCUAUAAGAAUUCAGGAUCAUCAGGUUCACAAUCAGCUCGGUGUCAGCAGCGUUGUCACUGGUCUAAAUCCGCUGAGCCUCAGCCUUUGCCAUUACCUGAGAUCAAUUCUGUGCCAAAACAAAGUAGUAGUGAUACUAAUUGUCAAACCAGAGUACUCCAAUGGGAUGCUUCAAAUGCUGCUGUUAUAAGGGAUCCUUCUCAUCAAGCUCCAGUGAGGAUGACAAAUCCUGUGCAUAGAUCAUCUACUCCAACCUAUCGCCGUCGGCGUUUUAGUCAGGAUCAGAAUUCUGAAGGUGUUGAAGAGAAUUUCAGGCUUAAUGUCCCAGCUAGAAGUGCUCCAGGCAGUGGUUUUACAAGUCCAAAUCUUAGCCCGAAACGAUAUAGGACAGUAGACCUUUUCCAUCCUACAUUUCAUCAGGCAUCAUCACCUCCAGGCGCUUCUUCGGAUAGAUGGGCAGGUUAUUCUGCCCAACUUUUGACUGCAAGGGUUACACAAAGUGCUGAUCAUUCUCCCCUUAGUAGCCCAACUCGACGAAAUCCAGUAAACAGAACUUGGAAUCACCAAAAUGUUGCUGUGCAUUCACAUCACAAAUCACUCCCGGAAAGUCCCGUGCAUUGGCCUGAAGGCAAUAAUGUGCACCCUCUACCCCUUCCACCCGGAGUUUCACAACAGCCACAGUUACCUGCCACCCAUAAUAAUACGGAUAAACCAGAUAUACCAUAUGUAAAAGGUCAAUGGCAAAAGGGGAAACUUUUAGGCCGUGGUACCUAUGGAAGUGUAUAUGAAGCUACUAACCGUGAAACUGGUGCUUUGUGUGCAAUGAAAGAAGUUGAUCUCAAUCCAGAUCAUCCUACAUCUGCCGAAUGUAUAAAGCAGCUAGAACAGGAAAUAAGAGUUCUCCGACAGCUGAAGCACCAAAAUAUUGUUCAAUAUUAUGGCAGUGAAAUAAUGGAAGAUAGUUUUUGCAUAUAUCUGGAAUAUGUUCAUCCAGGAUCAAUUAAUAAGUUCGUCCGAGAUCAUGGGGGAGCUAUGACAGAGUCAAUAGUUCGAAAUUUUACAAGACAUGUUGUGUCAGGGCUGGCUUACUUGCAUAGCACUAAGACAAUACACAGGGACAUUAAGGGGGCAAAUUUGCUUGUUGAUGCCUCGGGAAUUGUCAAGCUUGCAGAUUUUGGAUUAGCAAAACAUCUAUCGGUCCAUGCAACUGAUCUAUCUCUGAAAGGGAGUCCACACUGGAUGGCUCCAGAGGUAAUGCAGGCUAUGUUACGGAAAGAUGCCAAUCCAGAGCUUGCCUGUGCUAUUGAUAUAUGGAGUCUAGGUUGUACUGUAAUUGAAAUGUUUACUGGACAGCCCCCUUGGAGUGGAUUAGAUGGGGUGAAAGCUAUGUUCAGUGCACUAAACAAAUCACCACCUGUACCAGAAACGUUGUCUUCGGAAGGAAAGGAUUUCCUCCGGUGCUGCUUUCAGAGGAAACCUGCAGAUAGGCCAACAGCUUUGAUGCUACUUGAACAUCCUUUCUUAAGUAAUACUAAUUUGCGUGAACAUAGUGCUACUAUUUCAGGUUACUCCGAAGUCUUUUCGCGGAUGAAAUUACACAGUCCAAAUGACCUGACAAACCAUAACUUGGAAUUGAAUCUACUUUCACCAGGAAUAUCGUCUAGGCACACAAAAUCUCCAUGUAACGGUGAAACAAGCCACCAACCCCAUUCUGUAACGUGCGAUUAUGGAGCAGCUUCUCACCACUCUCCCCGUUCUACACUCGAAAUACUUCCUUGUAUUUCUUCCCCGGAGCUGAAUCCUAGUACAUUUGCAGCAGCCAAUUCCUCAAAUAGUAAUUUUUUUACUUGGAACUGAAAACAGAAGUGCUUAUGUUUUCAACAGCAGGAAAAUAUAAGUGAACGUUUGUACAUAUAACUUGUGUAUAAGAGAUAAAGCAAGGGAAAAACAUACAUGAGCUUUUUGUAACGGUCAGCCCGCUAGUGAUAUUGUCCUCUCUGGACCUAGAUCCGCAUGGCUUUAAACGCAUCACUAGUGUGUAGGUCUGCUUACUUAUAUACCCAACAUCUCUCCUGUAUUUUUGUCGAUGUGGGGCUUCUUAUCUUAAAUUGGGGUGUCACUUUUAUACAUAUUACAUUAGUUAGAGACAAAAGGGCACAUAUUAGUUGCAGUAUUAUGAAAUGGAUCCUGUGUAUAUUGACUAUACCGUUUGUAAAAUUGAUGUUUUUUGAGCUAUUAAAGGCUUUUAUAGACUGGAAAUAAAAUCAUGAUGAAAUUUACUGUUA